AUGGAUUUUAUGCACCACGUCCAGGGGAUUGUUAUCCUCAAUGAGCUGGGUGGCCGCGUUUUCGCUAAGUAUUAUAUUACUCCCGAUAUGCAGGAGCGUGGUGUGUUAAACACAAUAGAUAAACAACGAGUGUUGGAAAUGGGAAUUCACACCGCCUCCCGUGACCCUAAACGCUGUUGCAGUACGUCAAUAGACGGUGAUAUAAUGAUUCACGAAGGUCACACUGUGCUCCUACAAUUAUCUGAAGAUGUCCUAUUUAUGGUAAUUGGCGAUGGUAACGAGAACGAACUAGUACUCCAUAGUGUUCUCAGAGGCCUUGUUGAUGCCUUAAGACAGGAGUUAAAGGUCCUGGAUCUCAACAUGAGGAUGCUACUGGAAAAGUAUGAUGCAGUAGUGCUAACAGUGGAUGAACUGGUGGACGAAGGGAUCAUACUUGAGACGAAUCCAGCGAACAUAUGCUAUGAUGUUGCACCAUUUAUUGCGGAAUCAGGUGGUGAGACCGCGCGCAAAGCGUUGAACAAGGUCAACAAGUACCUUAAGGAAAAUUUGUAG